AUGCCAUUUUGUUACGUAAGUAGAGUCUUGAGAGGUAUCCAGCACACUGAGGUCAUUCUUCAGAACUAUAGCAUUAAUAGGCUUAUAGGAAGUGUGCUGUGACUGCACAUACUGUGCUCUGUUCACAGUAACUAAUAUGUCAGAAUAACAAAACUAUGUCUCAUUUACAUUAGCUAUUUUAUAAGUACAUAUGAUGAGCUGAGCUGAAGAACAUAGCAAGUACAAACGCAACAACACAGACAACUGGCACUGCAGAUGGGCGACUGAAAGUGUGUCAUCACCAUCUCCAGUCUAAUCACCUCCGCCCACGCUCUUCUCUGUUUCUCUCUCCCCUCCCUUCCCUGUCUCUAUCUUUCGCUCUCCAUCCUCCCCUCACUGUCUGUGUUGUGGAAAGACAAAAAGUUGAUCUGUUCCUCAGAGGCUGCAGCUCAGCACAUCCAGCCAAAUUCACGUCUUUGUGCGUCAGCGCUUGUUUCUGUGGGCGAGGACACAUAUGGUGAUGAGACUGAGCACACGUGUUACUGUCGCCUCCUACAAGUUAAUCUCUGAAGAGGAGGUGUGGUUGCCUCCUUCUUCUUUUGGAUCCCAAAACUGCAUAUUCAACAGCGUUUUGCCUCUAGCUUUUCAUCGAACGACAGUUUUGACUGAGAAACAUCCUCAGUUGGUUCGAUUUUGAUACUUUACCUGGCUGUGGUCUUCUGACAUCUCUCUAAAAUGAGUUUCAGCAAUUAUAUGGAUGAGACAGAAGAAGAGAGCAACAGAGAGUUUGAGAGCGUGGAGAUGAAUAAGCUGCGUCAGAGCCUGCGCAGGAAGAAGCCCACCUACAUGCCGGAGGCCAGCCGGCCGCACCAAUGGCAGGCAGACGAAGAGGCUGUACGAAAGGGCAAAUGCAAUUUUCCUGUCCGGUACCUCGGUCUGGUGGAGGUAGACGAGUCCAGAGGGAUGCAUGUGUGCGAAGAUGCAGUGAAAAAACUGAAACUGAGUGGGAAAAAAACUGUCAAGGCUGUGCUUUGGGUGUCUGCCGAUGGCCUGAGAGUAGUGGAUGACAAAACCAAGGACCUCAUUGUUGACCAGACCAUUGAGAAGGUGUCCUUCUGUGCACCUGACCGUAAUUAUGAUAAGGCAUUCUCCUACAUCUGUCGUGAUGGGACGACUCGCCGCUGGAUCUGCCACUGCUUCAUGGCCUUGAAGGACUCGGGUGAACGUUUGAGUCAUGCGGUGGGAUGCGCCUUUGCUGCUUGCCUUGAGCGGAAGCAACGCAGAGAGAAGGAGUGCGGGGUCACAGCUUCCUUCGAUGCAAGCCGCACAUCGUUUGUGAGGGAAGGCUCCUUCCGCGUCUCCUCUGCUGGACAGCAAAGUGACCGGGAGGACAUCAUGAAACAACUGCAGGUCAAAAAGAAAGAAGCAUGCAGCAUUUCUGCAGUGCCUCCUGGAAAUGCUUCUCCUCCAGAGGGAGCGGCUUCACCGGGGGAGAGAGCAGAACCAGGCGGGCCUCAUGCCAUCCCGCGCCGCCACGCUCCUAUCGAGCAGCUGGUGCGGCAGGGCUCUUUCCGCGGCUUUCCACAACUUAGUCAGAAGAACUCACCUUUCAAACGGCAGCUCUCACUACGCUUGAAUGAUCUCCCAUCAACCCUACAGCGCAAGACCGACUACCAGACCAAGAACCCAGUUCCAGAGAUGGAUCUAUCAGUGGCAGGAGAGGCAGACAGCUUAAACGCUCUGUGCAGCCAAAUCAACAGCUCUUUCACCAAACCAUCUGAGGAUCUGUGUGCCAAAGCCACCAGCAACUGCUUACCAGUUUACAGCGCUCCACCUGCCAUUCCUCCUCCACCUGCUCCACUGCAAGCUACAAAUUCAUGGGUUCAGACAGAGCCUGCUGUCCAGUCCCCUCCGCCCGUUCCUCAAGGUGGCCACAAACGAACCCCGUCCGAAGCAGAACGCUGGCUGGAGGAAGUGGCUAAAGUGGUGAAAGCCCAGCAGCAGACUCCACCAACCCUACCACCACCACCCACUCAUCAACCUCCGCCCGUGCCCACCAUGCCCAUCCCACCCGGCUCCCUCCCCUCCUCCAUGCAACCAUUCCCAAUGGCCUUUGACGUCACUCCUGCACCCGUAGGCAUGUUCGCCCAACAGCCUCUUCAACCGGCUUUUGUACCUAUGCAGCCAUACAUGCCCAGUCUUGCCAACAGCAUGACCUAUCCCAAUGCCAGUGUGCCCGUGGUGGGCAUCACACCGUCGCAGAUGGUGGCUAAUGCAUUCUGCACUGCGGCUGGGACAGGGGGUGGAGCGGCGAUGGGGGUCGGGAUGGGGCCGAAGACAGGAACGCUUGUGGGUGGCCAACAAUCGGCUUUCCCCACCCUGUCCGCAGGCUUCCCAACCACCACCUUCACCUCUCCUCCAACCGUCAACGGCCACCCGCAUAACUCCUUUCCAUCAACGGCCACCACGACGAGUGUCACGCAAAACGGUAGUACAAUAAAAAGUGGUACUGGUUGGCCGAUGGAGAGUCUGAAUCCGAAUCCCACGUGCAGUUCCCAAGAAGCAGAGCAUUUUGAGGCAAAGUGGGCUGCUCUGGAAUCCAAAUCGCAACCGAAGGCGCAAAACCCUUUUUCGAAUGACUUACAAAAGACUUUCGAGAUUGAACUAUAAUCUUAAGGAGACUCUGAAAGAGGCUGAACUAUUUCAUACCCCAUUUCCCGUCCCCUUUUUUUGUCUCUUAAAGGGUGGUCUUAUGCUCCUGGUCUGUUUGGGGGCAUUGGUUGCUGUAAGAGAUCAUUCUGUUGCAUUUUGCCUCAUUUCGAGCAUCAGACUCGAGAUUUGGAGAACAGAAAGACCGUCACAACAUGUCCGGCACUUACAAGAAAGCUAGAAAGAGAAACCUGCACAGUACUUCCACCAGUUAUGACCCAUGCUUGGAAAAUGAAUGAAAUACUGAAAUUAGGGGAUGGUCGAAAUUUAUUUAUUGUUU